ACCACUGAGUGCGAGAGGUCCGGCGAGGGAGGCGGAGGAUGAUAGGAACGACAGGAUGUGAAGGAGCCAGGAGGAGAGGAGAGAGGAGCGGAUGCACCAGUGGUUAGAGAUAGCAGCUGCAUUAAACCGGAGGGGCAGAGGUCAGGCCCAGCAGCGCCUUGAUGGAGCAUGGGUCAGGUUUUAGGAUUCUCCCACUGCAAGGAGUUUGGCUCUGUCUCCUCAACACCUGAUUCCACUCCUCCUUGUACGGAUGGUGGGAAUGAGUCAGAUUUCCCAGAGCUCCUGACAGCACGAGACUGGUCGGAAGAUGAUGAAGGUCCUGAAGAUGAUCUCAGCAGCUCCUCCAUAUGGGGGACUCCUCGUCAGAGCUCUUUUGAGCUCACCUUUUCCUACAUUGCCUUCUCUGAGGGUGAGAGCUUUGGACGAAGAGACUCAGGACGUCGGAGGACAGGAGGAAGGGGUCGACAGGGCUCACUACGCCGUAUGGACACUGUGGAAACUGUUUUACCUCCUGACUCCUCUGCCGUGGACUGGGAUCCACAUGCCUUCAUGAGUGCAGAGGAGGAACAGGAGGUGGAGAUCCCACUUUCUGAACAAUUGGAGAGCCAACAUUGGACUAUAGAGUCCCCCAGUCAGGGUACAGAAAUUGAGGAGAUUGGAUUGCAAGAGACAAAAUGCAUCACAGGUGGUGAUGAAGCUCCACAGGUUCAAGGGUUAGAGCUCCUUAUUACCACAGACUCAACAACCUCAACACAGAUUGAUGACACAUUGCGUGUAUCGCCAUCAUUAAUUAGUCAAAACACUCAGGAAGAGCCAGUCAAUGAACAAUGGUUUUCUACGAUUAACCUCUCGGACGGGCUGACGAUACACAUCCAGAUUGCAGUAAUGGACCUGAUCUAUUGGAAGGACAUAGAGCGGACAGGCAUGAUAUUUACCGGUCUGGUGGUGGGCCUGCUUUCCCUCUUCCAGCUCAGUAUCAUUACAGUACUAUCCACAUUAUCGCUGGCCAUCGUGUGCUUCACCAUCUCAGUGCGCAUCUACUGCCAACUGCUUCAUGCCCUCCAGCUCCGAGAUGGUGCACACCCCUUCCAAACUUAUCUGGAGAUGGACAUUGGUCUGACUGGAGAACAAACUGAACAGUACAUGCAGAAAUUAAUAGUCCUGUGCUGCUCCGCUGUAGACACACUGAAGCGCCUCAUCUUUGUUGGUAGCCUGUUUAACUCCCUUAAGUUUCUGCUGCUGAUGUACCUGGUGACGUAUCUGGGAGCCCUCUUCAAUGGCCUUACUCUUCUCAUUAUUGUUGUGAUUGCUGUCUUCUCUGUCCCUCUCUUCUACUCCCGGCACCAGGAGAAAGCUGACAGCAUCAUUGCAAAAGUGCAAGGCCAUGUUGACAACAUAAAGGACAUCCUGCUUCGACUGGCCCAGGGUGGUGGACCCGCUCCUGACCCCACCCCAGGCGGUGCCAAACCCAAAAGCCAAUAAUGGAGUCGGACUAGGGUGGAGCAAUCAUCUGUCACUCUGAUGUCUUAAUCGAGUCUGUUUCCGAGCACCUUUUCAGAUUUAAAUGGGCAUUGUCUAAACGUUUUAUGAGAUACUGUGUAAACUAAGCAAGGAUCUGUGAAUGAUGCAUGGAAAGAGUGGAUGUAAGAUUUCAUUUUGGGAGAAUUUAAAGGACAAUCAAAGGAUUUCUGAAAGUUGUGAGGCAAAGUGGAAAGUGACAACACUGAACAUACAAACUUGAAACACAUGGAGUGGUGCACCAGAACUUUUAGAUACAAUAAUAACUAGAGUUUUCCUGCACUAUGAAGAACCAAACUCAAAUACCCCAGGACCAGUUUACCAACUAAUUUUUCACUUUUAAAGUAAAUAGCAUGUGAAUAUAGGUGCACAUGUGCAUACUUUAUGUACACGGUAUGGCCAAAAGGAUGUGGACACCCCUCCUAAAUAUUAAGUUCAGGUGUUUCAGACACAUCAUCUGCAUAAAAGAAAAAAUGGUAUGCUUCCAGCACUUUGGGAAAGGCUCUUUCUUGUUUUAGCAUUACUGUCCCCCUGUGCACAAAGUGAGGUCCAUAAAGACAUGUUUGACUAAGUUGGUGUGAAGGGAUUCCUGUGGCCUGCACAGAGCCCUGACCUCAGCCCAAUUAAACUAAUUUGGGAUGAAUUUGAACAUCAGAGCCUGACCACACAAAUGCUUGUUUGACUGAAUGGGCACAAUUCUUGUGGAAAGCCUUCACAGAAAAUUGUGGGUAGGAGGGAGCAACUUAAUAUGAAUGUCUUUGGGUUUGGAAUAAGAUAUCCAACAAACUCUUAGUCACGCUUUCACAUACUUUUGGCCAUAUAGUCUAUGUAGGAUUAUGGGCGUACAGAUUUAUUCUAUUAUAUUAUGUGGGGAAACUUUAAACUCCACUGUCAAUUUCUUUUUGUUUUAUUGUGCUGAAAAAUCCCACUUUUAAACAACCCCCUACAGUUUCGCUUUUAAUUUGGGGAAACUCUGGUACCUGCUUUCCCCUCCAUUCUUGAAGCACCCAUGUUUCCCUGCUGAAUAACAACUUAAUGAACUCAUUUGUUCUGACUGUAUUUGAAAUGGUGAAACAAUGAAAAAGGGUGUGGGGGUCAUCCUCGGCCAGGGUUGGUAUCUGUCUACUGCUGCAAACAGACCUCACAUACACCACUACCAAAGACCUCAAAAAAGGGAAGCUCUUUUUAUUAAGCGAUAUAGUUAAUCUCAAAACCCACUUGUGGUAGUCAUAUUGUGAGUUCGAACUGUCCGAAGGUCAUUCAAGGUCAUUUACACUUGAUGAAGGGUUUAAAAAAAAAACACAGACACUAACUUUAAGAUCAGCAUUUCAAACUAAAGUUUGCUUACCAGCAGCAUUUUGUUUGUACUUGUAGUGUAAAUGAGCUUAUAAUGGGGCAGCUGUUCCUUUAACAAAGAAUAUUAUUCUUGGAGCUAAUGACCAACAGCUCUUUGAUUUUUGAAUUUGUUAUGGAUUCAUUAAAAAAGUCAAAUAAUAACUAAAGCAAAAAGUGUAUAAUAAGACCUAGUUUCCCUGUGUGUUUAAAUGUGAGAAUUAAGCUUUAGUCUAGAAGUAUAUGAGAUUUAUACUGUUUACACAGCUGUUUAGUUUGGGGAAGUUGCCAUGACAUCUCUUACACCCUUAUUACUGUCCUGGCCUGUAACUAAGUCAGACCUGGAGAAAAACUUUAAAGUCCCACAACAAGUUAAGAUAUUAAGCUAAACUUCAAAAUCUCAUGCAAUUUUCAGGGCUGCUUUUAUAGCAUGUGUGAGCAUGAGUGCUCCUUCAGUGGUUUUAGCAGUAAACAUAGGUUUCCAUGGUCUCUGAUUUUAACUAAAACACUAAUUACUAACUACUGACCUUGUCCCAACUGUCCUCUCCAUCAAUUUUUUAUCAGUUGUUGACUUACAUGUUUAUCACUGUUAAUUGUUUGGUGCAAGUGCUUUUAAGGUGCAUGGGGGACAAAAAAUGCAGCAACGUAUUGUAUUUCCCCUACAACCAUAGUAUUAUUUUAUGUCAGUCAAAUAGCAAAGGAGUCAGUCAUGUUUUCAUUGGUGUGCAGUAAAGACAUAAUUAGCAGGUGACAAGCCAACUUUUCACAGUGUUUUACAGACACUGUGUUCUCCGUCUUAUGAUACUGUUGAAAUUCAAAUUGUCAAAUUGUUUUAACAGUUCUGUUUUAUUCUGUUCACCAGUUAUUUCCACUUUAUUUAAGAUAGUAAUAAUUAAAUACUAGCAGAUGCACCUUCAAAAAGCAGCAUUAAACCCUAACCUUAGCAUGCCUUACUCAGUUAUACAUCAUUUACAUUUACAUUUUCAGCAUUUAGCAGACGCUUUUAUCCAAAGCGACUUACACAGUGAGCGGAACACAAUGAGGGUUAAGGGCCUUGCUCAGGGACCCAACAGUGGCAACUUGGUGGUGGCGGGGCUUGAACCGGCAACCUUCUGUUUACUAGUCCAGUACCUUAACCACUGAGCUAUCACUGGCCGUCAUCAGUUGAGCCUACGUGGUAAAUAACCUGCAGUUGUUCAAGGUGACACCCAAAUAUGAGUGAUGAGCAUAGAAAUGUUUAAAUGCUACAUUUGUCAUUACGAUUAAGAAAACUAGCCUUAAAUUAAAAAAAAUGUGAUGAGUGAAUAACCACACUGGCUGUAUGUAAUCCCAGCAAUGGUCUCUCGGUGACGGAUCUGAUCUAUUACAGACAUAGAAUUAGUCUGAACAUAGAAUAUUGUUACAAAGACCAUACCUUUGCAAACACCUCUUUCAAACACCUCCUAAAAGUACCUCUUUUAGGCCUUCAAAUACUACGUUUUACUAAGAUUGACUCUGCACCUACAUUGCUUGCCUUAUUUUUUAAUUGUGUGAACCUGAGUUUGUGAUGAAUGAUUCUAGCUCCAGUUGUCUGGGCUUGGUAAAUGCACCAGUGCAAAAAACUCCUAACAGAGAUGUGAACAACAGUAAAACUGAGCUGUUUAUCAGUGAUGGUCCAAUUUUUACUAAAGAACUUUGGACAGUUUCUUGCAGACAUUACUGUUUGUCACUGGUAGCUUAUUUUAUACAUACUGUAUUGCCCAAAGAUGUAAUACCAUUCUGUGCUGCUCCUUUAAUUAUCUUAAUUUUCCCCUCAACGUAUACAAAAAUUCUUAGCAGCAUCUGAAUGCCUGUACAGCAAAUUCACCAGUGUUCUAUUCAUACCUGCUGAUUUUAGGGGUUUCCAGUCUUAUUCACAAAGAGCUGCGUAGUUGUAUACCAGCCAGCCAGAAGCUACGCCUGAUACUGAUCAGUCAUUUGAAGGCCAACUAUUACUGAUUAAACAAGUGUUAUCAGGUUUAAUUCCUGUUGGCAUGAAAACCUGCUGUGUAUAAGAACACACCCGAUUCAACGUAUAGUCUAGUACCAAGUGCUUAAUGGCUGAAUCUAAAUGGGAUAAACCAAAUACCUGUUAGCCAAGGGAGCUUAAACCUAGUUCUAGAGGGUUUAAGACCAGCUAAGUUUGGUUAUAUUCGUGCUCAUAGACUUGAUUCAGUUUGCCUGUAACAACAGGGUGUGUUAAAGCAAGAACAUUUCCGAACUGUGUUAGACUCUGGCCCUGCAGAAUUGAAAAUCCUGCUGGAAUUAUUACCACUGGUGAUCAGGCUGUACAUCCCUCACGAUAACUUAAAUCUUUUCAUUGUUUUUGUAUUUUUAGAAAGCAAAGACAAAUCUUGAAUCUUGCAAUAUGUUAAAAUAAAUAUUUAAAAUGAAACAUAAA